UCGUCGGUGACGCGAUCAUCGUUAUUCUGUCAAGGUAAAAGAAAAUAGCACGUGGAAGCAAUGGGACGAACAAUUUAUGCUGAGGAGCAUCUUCGCACAUAUUUAACAUUUCUAGCGAAACCAGAUGGAUAUGUGAUAGGACUAAUUUUGGGACAGAGUGGUGGACAGAAAGAUUACAUAGUGCAUUUAGCAAAAACACCACCUCCUCUUGCUAAAAAUAUUGUGGAAGAAACUUUAAUCAGUUAUACAACAACUGCAGAACAGGAUGCAGCUGAUAUAUAUAUUAAAUCUGUUAAGGAUAUACCUAUGAGCUGGGUGGCUGAUCAUGCUAAACAUGUUACAAGAAUGUUGCCUGGUGGAAUGUGGGUACUUGGUAUUUUUAUUAUAGGGCCUGAGGAUAUUUUAGAAAUUACUAGCAAUGUACAAAUAUUUAAAUCAGUUCUUGGUGCAAUUCAUAAGACUCUUUCAUGGAAUAAUAAGCACCUCUGUGGAAAUAAUCAGGAUGAGAAACUUAUAUUGGCUUUCAACAGUAUUACACAGAAAUAUGUUUGCAAGUCUAUAGAUGUUAGUAAAGAUGGAAUAUUAAAACCAGCUGACUGGAAAUUCCAAGAAAGAGCAACCAAGUGGCAUCAACUGGAAGCUUUUGUAGACUUUGACAAAUUGUACUUUAUUGAUGCAGAUAAGGAUCCUGAGACUCUCAAAAGGCAAUUACAGAAUAUCUUGACAAAUGUGGCAGACUUGAUUGAUUCUUCGGUUGUAGUUAUUGAAGAGGAAGUUAGGCCACUGGAAACUAUGUUAGAAAUCAUUUGCAAGAAGAAAAGAGACAACAAGGAAUGUAAAAAUAAAAAAAACGAUAAUAAUUCAUUUCAAGUUAGCUUAUAUAUUCCAUGUUCGCAAGAUAACACUAAUUCAGACAUAAGAGUGACAUCGUGCAGUGCAUCAAUACGACUAAUUGGACAAUUAGUCAGUAAGACAUUUGUACAUCAGAAAGCUAGUAUUGCAGAAGCUAAUAUGGCAGUAAGGCAAGACAUAGUAAGAUCUCUGGCAAGCAGAUUAGAGAUGCACUGGGACAGUUUAAUAGAAGAAGAGAAUGGUUCUCCCGAAGAGAACAUCACAUUACACGAACCACCAAGAAGAGUGUUGAUAGCAUUACCAGAAAAUAAGGUAACCUUGUCGGAUUAUCUGUUUCCUGGCGAGGGACCACAAGAAGCCUUAUUAUCAUUGCAAGAACUGCUGGAUCUAGAAGUGCAGGAGAGUCAAGUGCAAAAAGAAGUUGAACUGCAAGCUGAUCCUAUGGAAUUCUACUGCCAGAGUGAUGUCAAUAGCCAAUUAUCGGAUCAUGGUACUGAUAAAACUAAAUUUCAAAUAUUUGUUCCUUACAUCGGCCUAUGUGUUGCAUUCUUUAUUGUGACUGCAGCUAUCAUUAUACAUGAACUCAUAUAAUGUGUAUAUUGUAUUUCUUCUAAACGCAUAUAAGGUAUAGAUUUAAGAUAAAAUAUUUUGAAUCCUUGUGCGUCUCUGUAAAAUUGAAGCUGUAAAAAUUAUAA